UACGUAUUCCAGGCUGUUUCAUCGCUCGUGAUAGCAGAUCAAGUUUCUUUCGAUUAUUCCAUUCGAGUCGGAAAGCCUUAUCAUCUGUGUAGCAAAAUGCUUCAGCCGAAAGUUUUAACGUCGGUUCUCAGCCAAGCCAACACAGGAGGGGUUGAAAAUACGAUAUUACUUACGCACGAAGGAGCAUUAUUAGCAUUUUCCGGAUUUGGUGACCGAGAUGCAACGGUAACGGCGGCAAUCGCAAGCAAUAUUUGGUCCGUGUACGAAAAGAAUGGCCGUAACGCGUUUCGGGAAGAUCGGCUUCAGUACGUAUUCCUUCAGUGUGAGAAUGGUAACGUCGUCAUCACGCAGGUUGCCAACCUUCUGCUCUGCCUGUACGCCCGGGACAACGUGGGACUCGGCAUACUGAAGGAGAAGGCACAAGCGCUUGCAACGUAUCUGGAGGGUCCACUGAAGGAGAUCGCUACGUCAUAGUGAAGGAGGAUGGACGAGAUAUUGUUAUUCCUAUUUAUUAGUGCUUAAUACAUUCGUUCACAUAUUGAAGAUUUGCUUGUAAAAAAGUACGGAAUGUGUUUUGUUGAUGGAAAAGUUUGUUACCGCCGCUAGGGACUCUUUUUGUGCAUAAGCUUUUAUCUUUUCAUUGUGCUCUUUUAUCUCUUCCUUGCUGAAAACGGUUAACUGGCGCGUUUCGAAGCACAGCAAACACGUUUCCUUCCAAGUCCUGUUGAAGCCGCCCUGUAACAAACCAAAGUAAUUGGUAGCCACAAAUACCAUGUCAAAUUUCGCAGCAAACCGAUCCAGCUCAUGCAUACGCAAAACGUCUUCGAUGGAGAGGAAGUGAAUUGUAAAAUUAUCGCAGCGUAGAAGAGGUUUGUCGUAGCGAGCUGCUUCAAACUGUUCCGUACGGGCAUCGUGUCUGUUAAGAUUUUUCCCCGUAUCAAGCUGAUGUGAUCCAAACUGAUGGAUGUCCUUUGGAUCGAAACUAUAUGGCUGGCGUUCCUGUAUUUCGUACAUUAUUUGCAGCACAUUUCUUUCCGUUACGUCGGUCGAGCGGAAGUCGUUCACUCCAUGUUUCGAUCGGGAAAGCCUUUCCUCGGCACACUUGUGACCGAAUGCAAUGUAAGGACCGGUCAUAUUGUCCCCUACAGAUCCACGAUGAAGAAAACCGUUCCCAUUGCGCACUAAUCCUACCGCGAAUGUUUUGUUCGGAUCGCUCUGUUCAUACUCGGGGAAGGUGAAGGCAACGCCUGUUUCACGCCAGUGCUUGUACUCUUGAGGACAGAUCUGUUUGGCUCCGU